AACUUGUGCGGGACAAACUCACUACCUGUCAUAUUCUCAACACGUCUGUCUGUUUUUCUGCACUUGUAGUAAAUAUGCCUCUUGAAUUUGAGUUGUGUCCCGGUCGAAAGAUCGGCGGGAACCACCCGUGUUUCAUUAUUGCAGAAAUCGGACAGAAUCAUCAGGGAGACAUUGAAAUUGCCAAGGAAAUGAUCAAGAUGACAAAGGACUGCGGGGCGGACUGCGCGAAGUUUCAGAAGAGCGAGCUGGAAUAUAAAUUCAAUAAGAAAGCUCUGGAGAGGCCGUACACCUCCAAACAGUCGUGGGGAAAAACUUACGGAGAGCACAAGCGCCAUCUAGAGUUCAGCCAUGAGCAGUACAAAGAGCUGCAGCAGUACGCCAAAGAAGUGGGCAUCUUCUUUACUGCGUCAGGAAUGGAUGAGAUGGCUGUAGAAUUCCUACAUGAACUCAAUGUGCCUUUCUUCAAAGUUGGAUCAGGAGACACUAACAACUUUCCCUACCUCAAGAAAACUGCCCAAAAAGGACGUCCCAUGGUGGUGUCCAGCGGCAUGCAGUCCAUGGAGACGAUGCGCCGCGUUUACGCGACUGUAAAGGAGCACAACCAAAACUUUUGCAUCCUGCAGUGCACGAGUGCAUACCCACUGGAACCUGAGGACGUUAACCUGCGCGUCAUCACGGAAUACCAAAAGGAAUUCCCAGACAUUCCCAUUGGGUAUUCAGGCCAUGAGAGCGGGAUCAGCAUCACUUUAGGGGCAGUUGCACUUGGGGCGAAGGUUGUGGAGCGGCACGUAACCCUGGACAAGACCUGGAAGGGCAGCGAUCACUCAGCAUCCCUGGUGCCCAAGGAACUGAAGGAGUUGGUGCAAUCUAUCCGCACGGUCGAGAGAGCUUUGGGCACCGGGACAAAACUCAUGCUGCCCUGCGAGGAGCCGUGCCAUGAUAAGCUGGGGAAGUCUGUUGUCGCAAAGACGGCCAUCCCAAAAGGUACAGAACUAACACUUGACAUGCUGACCGUGAAAGUAGCAGAACCAAUGGGUGUAGCUCCACAAGAGAUCUUCCAGCUGGUGGGGAAGAAAGUGACGAUAGACAUCGAGGAAGAUGAGAGCGUCACCGUGGAAGCGGUCGACAACUAUGGCAAGAAAGUAAAAGCCUAGGGAAUGCUAAAUGUCUCUUCAUUGCAGUCAGACUGGAAAGCAGUCCACACACAUUUGCGCAUUUCUGCCAAAUAUGCAUUAUGGUAGAACUGCUGUUAAAAAGGCACUGAAUUUUUGUCUGUCUGGCAGAAAAACACACCUUCAACAAUACAAUAAUGCAUUUUAUUCUUUUACACCUGUUCCUGAUGUUGUAUGGGUCGUCAUUUGCCAAAUACUGUUGAAUAAAUAAUGGGAAACGAAUCUCUGAUUUCUUUGUCUACUGU